AUGAAGGCUUUUCUGGUGGCCCUGCUGGCUGCAGUCCUGUGUGCCCAGCAAGCUUCCUCCCUGUUUUGCUACAUCUGUGACAAUGAACAUUCCAACUGGAACUGCAUGAAAACCUACAAGUGUGAGGACCAUGAGAAAUACUGCACAACCACGUACAGCACGGCUGGAUUUGGCAAGGACGUGGGGCACCGCAUCACCAAGAAAUGCUCCGUGGACUGUCCCGAGACCAACGUGAAUUUCGGGAUGGCCGCUUAUUCCACCAAGUGCUGCAGCACCUCCCUGUGCAACUUCAGUGGCGCCAACAGCAUCCGGAUCAACUACGCCGUGGUCCUGCUGGGAAUCGUGGGGAGUCUGAUCUGUGUGCUCAGGGUGGGAUUGUGA